UCCCACCGAUCCCAACCUUCCCCCCUUGCAGUGAACGUGAACAAGAUCAAGGACUUUGGCGAGGCGGCCAAGCGGGAGAUGCUGAAGGACCGGCACGCCUUCGAGACGGCGCGGCGCCUCAGCCACGACUCCAUGGAGGAGAAGGUGCCCUGGGCCUACCCCAAGGCCCUGGAGCUGCCGGCGCCGCUCGUCAUCCCCGGCAGCGGCAGCCGCGAGCGCUUCACGCAGGCCGAGCGCGUCAAGGGCAUCCUGCAGGAGAUCUUCCUCUCCAAGGAGAGCAUUCCCGACAGCCCCCACGAGCCCGACCCGGAAUCCUACGAGCCACUCCCACCCAAACUCAUCCCCUUGGACGAGGACUGCUCGGGCGAGGAUGGGGCCUAUCCCGAGGGGCUGGAUCCCGGGAACGCCGCGGCCUCCCCGGAGCCGGGGGCGGGGGCCAAGCUGCCCCCCGUCCUUGCCAACCUCAUGGGCAGCGUCGGGGCCGGCAAGGGACCCCCAGGACCCCCCCAAAACGCCCCCAUCAACAUGCAGGAGAUCCGGGGGGGGGUCACCUCCAUUGGCGGCCCCAGCAGCCACAAGGCCGAGGAGCUGCUCAAGCAGCCGGACUACUCGGACAAGAUCAAACACCUGCUGGGCAACCUGGGCAGCCAGCCGCCGGGGGGGCCCGGGGCAG